UCUUUCAAAGCUGCUGGCAUAACACAACUAUAAGUAUCAUCACUAUAAAAUAGGGUAUUUCCAAAGGAAACCUUCACCGUGCAAGGCUAUAUUAAACUGUUUGUGUGUCAGGUGAUAAUGUAAAACUUGAAAGCUGUUAAAGCGUGUAAUUUAAGAAAAAAAAUAUUUAACUUAUGUUCCAUGUGUUAUGGAAACUGCUGAUCUAAACAAAGAGCAAAUGCUUUUUCCUUGCCAUUGUAGAACAAGAACAAGGGUAUAACCUAAAAUGGAAAAUCAAAAGGUGCAGAAAACACUGUGUGAUAUGAAAACAGAUCUGAACUUACUGCUUGAAUGCCUUAAAUACCAGAUGGACUGCCCUUUAUCUCAGAAAGAGGCUUUGAUCACUAUUUAUUCAAUUUGUCAACAAAACAGUGAAGCAAGUGAAUAUUUUCGAGAAAUUGGUGGUUUGAGGUUUAUAAAUGAUCUCGCAAAGUCAAGUGCCCAUUGCGUAGUAAAGGAAGCAGCUUUGUUUACAUUAGGAAUUAUAAUAGAGAGUAAUGUUUACUGUCAACAAUCUUUAUGUACUUCUGCAUUGUUUGAGGACCUCAUUUUAUUUUUAAUUAAUAAGGAUUCUGGUGUGAACUUGAAAAGAAUGUCUGUUUAUGUCAUCUUAGUGCUGGUUUCAAAUAACAAAUAUGGGCAAACUUACGUCAGAGAAACAGGCUGCAUUGGUCUUCUGCUGCAGUUAUUCAGAACAACUCUUUCCACAUCUGAGAUGAAUCUGUCAGAUGAAAAUACUUAUCAGUACUAUCAACUGUGGUCUUCAGUCUGCAGUACUCUCUGUGCCUGCGUUAACAAUCCUCAGAACGAAGAUAAUCAAAGCAUUUGCUGUGCAGUUUUUCCAUAUGCAAAGGAGUGGAUAGAAAGUUGCACAGAGCCAGAGAUAGUUCGUCCUAUUUGUUCAUUUGUUGGCCUCACAGUUGCAAAUAACUCCACUGUGCAGAAAUACUUUGUUUCUGUUGGAGGACUGGAUACCUUAGCUAAAGUUCUCAUCAAGUUGAUGCAUGAUUCCUCUAUGAGUCACUCCAGCACAAAACUUGCAGUAGUAGUAACAAAGACUCUGGAUGCCUGCAUUGCUAAUGAUUCUGCCAUGGGUGGUGCUUUGGUGAAGUAUCACACUGUGUCAGAGCUACUGAACCUGCUGUCUAAUGACACUUUGGAUACAGGAGAAAAAAUUAGUAUUAUUCUAACAAUUGGACAUUGUACUGAGGUUUGUGAAGAAAACCAAUAUGAACUGCUCAAGAACAAUGGUCUUCCACUUAUGAUUCAGGUACUAACUGAGUCUCAAGAUGAGGAACUAAAUAAAGCUGCUACUUAUGUGCUGCAAAACUGCAAACAAAUGACUGAACAGUUGUCCCUGAAAAUAAAUGAAAGUUCAUUAAAUGAGAAGAAUGCAGAUGAGUUGGAAGCAGACAUGCAAGUCAGAGAAAGAAGUCUACAAGACUACUGGAAGAAAGCAAAAGAAAUUUUACACAGAAUAAAAUUGAUUGAAAAAGAACAUGAUGAGGAAAGAAUGCAAGGAAGAGUAUUUGUUGAUAGACCUUUAGAAAACAGUGCUGAAGCAUCAAAAUACCAUGAAUUGAAUCCUAGUGAUCCAGAAACAUAUGUAGAUAGAACACACAAAGAAAUACGUUAUCCACGAUUAAUUUCUAAUUUGGAUGGUCGGGUUCUUGCUCUAGCUGUAAAUUCUCCCUUGAAAAAUGAAACAGUGAAUGCUAUGAAUCCAGUAAACACUUCUACUAGAAAAAGUGAACAGAAUGAUAUUCCAUGGCCAGCUUGUGAAGUGCAGACAAACAGUGUGCUUCAAAGUCAUCGUAUAAAUGAAAAAAAAGGUUGUGAAAAAAGACAGUCUAUUCUUCAAGUACAGAAAGGCUUAUUUAAACAACCAGCAAAGACUGUUAGAAAUAUGAAACAGGCGUGCACAUCAGACCACCAUUCAUUCUCCUCAGAGAUAACCAAGGAAGAAAAAAGUACCUUGACUACAACUGCAUCCCUUAAAAUGACAGAUUUAAGGUGUUUAGGUUGUACAACAGCAGGCCUGUCUUUCAAUAGUAAAACUUUUAGCAAGAUGCUGCGAACUUGUCCAUACCUAUGUUAUCAUCACAAAGUCAUUCUGGAAGCUGAAGAAAGAUAUAAAAAGGAACUUCAGAAGUUGUCUGUUUCUAAUAACAGUAGAUAUGCAGCUUAUGAGAAAAUACUGCUGACUCCAAUAAAGAAAGGAAAAUUACAUACAGAGACAUCAACUUGUACGGGCAAAAAGGAUAAUUUCCAAAGUAUUCUUUUGACUCCGAUUAGAAAAAACAAAUCUGAUACUUCCCAUAAAGAUGAACAUAAUAAAAAUACUCAGUUACCUGGAGAAUAUAGCUUGCUACCAACAUAUGAAAAGUGUGAGUAUUACCAGAAAAUUAAUACUGUAACAAGAAAAUACUUGCAGAACAAUGAGAGAGGCUCCCUGGAGAUAAACGUAAGAACUUCAAACAAGAAAAGAAGAAUCCGAAAAGAUUUCACAGAUGAAGAAAUCAAUUAUCUUUUAACUGGAGUAAAAGAAAUGGGUCAUCACUGGAAUUUGAUUUUGUGGUCCUAUCCAUUUCAGAAAGGACGGACAAAUGUUGACCUUUCCAGCAAAUACUACAAGUUGCAGAGGCAGGAAAAAAACAAAAGUAAUCAAUAACAUCUUUCAAGAAUAUUUUCGAUUUUGAUGCAGAAAGUUGAAGAACAGCUUUAUUAACAGAGAGGUAUUACCACAAUAAUACAAGCCUUUUGAGAAUUUAGAUUGGUUUGCACUCAUGUUUUUCACUGCUAACAUUCAUUUACAGAAAUUGUUAUGGUUUGCAAAUUUCACUUAAAUGUAAUUAUUUUUUUGAAAAAAAUGCUAAAAUAGUUACUAAAAUAGUCUUUACCAGUAAAAGUUGUUGUUUUUUUAAAAGAACUUAAUUUAAUGUUCUUAAACUUUUGAUUUUGUAACAAUUAAUUUGCUUUGAAUCUUUUUACAAUGUAUUUUAUCCCAUUUGCAAGAAUAGGUUUAUUGAAUAUUGUGAAUUGAAUUAUUUGAAUUAUUGAAUAAGAUUUUUAUGAAUAUUUUAUGCCAGAAACUGCUAAGUGUUAAUGUUAUUUUUUUUCCCCCCUUUUAGUCGGUGAAGUCAGUAGCUAAGGUACUUUGUUAUGCACUUGAUGUACAGUAUGUGUAGAAAACUAGAAUACAUUGUCAGACAUCUAGAAGAGGUGUUUUAUUAUUCUAAGUUAUGCAGUCAGGUCAACAAUUAGGAGAAUCUUGUAGUUAGCAGAAAUGUUUAAGUGAUUGUAAACAUCAUAAGGACCUUUCUAAUGCUAUCAAAACAUUCACAAUAUAAAUGCUAUUAACUAUUAAUUUUGAACAUACAAGUCAUAGGAAACGUUCAAGACAAUUGACAUACCAGAGAUAUUUCUGAGAGAGAGGAGAGAGCUUUCUGAGCUUUGAGAGAGAGAGGACUGGUAGAACAAACUUUAUAAUUUUGUUAAAUUCUUAUUUGCAAAUAAUUCUGAGUAAAACAAGAUGUAUCUAUGACAGAAAGCACCAAAUGUAUGUUUGAGCACUGCUGAAUAUGCUAGGCAAAUCUUACAUAGGUUCACAUAAAAUGAAAUAUAGAGCUUGUGGAGAUGUCAGAACUUCUAGACAGAAGAUACUGUGUGGUUCAGCUGCAGCGUUUCUUGGAUGACUUUCAUGGACCUAUGUAAAAUACCUAAGUGAUGAACUAAAUAGCGUGUAGCUACUGAUUAAUUUGAUUUCUAUUUACGGUGGAACAUUUCUUUGUAUAUUAUGUAAGUGCAUGAGCAGAACCACUGUUUCUGCUAAAUAUACAAUGGUUAUAAAAAGCUUUAGUGAAAGCCUUAAUAACUUGAUUUUUCAGUGAUAACCUGUAUUUCUGUUCUAAUCAGUUAAUUUAUUAUGGAAAAGGUUUGGUCAUCUUAUUUCAUCUUAUUUGCAGUAGGCUUUUACUAUGAUGUAGCUUAAAUGCUUAAAAGCAAGCAAGAUAACCUGAAACUGAAGGACUU